CUUUUGGGUUGUUUACAGUUUGUUUUCAGCUUUUUAUGAAUAAAGCUGCUAUGAAUGUUAAUUGCAUAUGUCUUCUGGUAGACAUAUGUAGUCAUUUCUCUUAUAUAAAUACCUAAGAGUGGAAUUUUGGGGUCAUUAGUAGAUUUUUGUUCAGCCUAAGUAGAUACUGCCAGUUUUCCAAAGUGAAUGUGCUGUUUCACACUAUCAGCAUUGUACAAGAAUUUUAUAUGCUUGUAUCAUCUUUAACACUUGGUAUUGUCAGUUGAAAUUUUUUAGCCAUUCUGGUAGAUGUGUGGUGGAUUCCCAUUGUCAUUUUAAUUUAAAUUUCCCUCAUGCAUAGUGAUAUUGUGUAACUCUUUAGUAAACAUAUAUACUUUGGGCCAUUUUGUUAUCCUCUUUUGUGUAAUGUCUUUUCAAGUCUGUUGUCCUUUUUUUAUUGAGUUUUUUGUCAAAGAAGAAAUCCAUAAGUGGAUGACCAGCAGCUGUGAGGAGGGUGGAGGAAGGCAAAAACAAAGCUGGAGACAGAGAUCAGUUAAAAGGCUACUGUGUGAUCCAGGUUAUAUUUCACACUAUGUGCUGACUGUAUUUACAGAAGAUAUUAAAAAAAAAAAAGAUAAACUUUUUUCAAAGAUUUUGAUUCCAGUGGAAUCUUUGCUUUAGAUUUUGUGUGUGUGUGUGUGUUAGUGAAUUGUAACUCCAGAAGCAAUGCCUGUACAGGCUCCACAGUGGACGGAUUUCCUCUCCUGCCCAAUUUGCACUCAGACUUUCGACGAAACAAUUCGAAAGCCCAUCAGUUUGGGUUGUGGCCAUACUGUCUGCAAGAUGUGCCUGAAUAAACUCCACCGCAAGGCUUGCCCGUUUGACCAGACCACUAUCAAUACAGACAUUGAACUCCUCCCGGUAAACUCAGCAUUGCUGCAGCUAGUGGGUGCUCAGGUCCCUGAGCAGCAGCCCAUUACUUUGUGUAGUGGAGUUGAAGAUACAAAGCAUUAUGAGGAAGCCAGGAAAUGUGUAGAAGAAUUAGCACUGUACCUGAAACCACUCAGCAGUGCUAGAGGAGUGGGUCUGAAUAGCACUACUCAGAGUGUUCUGAGUCGCCCGAUGCAGAGGAAGCUGGUGACUCUGGUCCACUGCCAACUGGUGGAAGAAGAAGGCAGGAUUCGUGCCAUGAGGGCAGCUCGAUCUUUAGGUGAACGAACAGUUACAGAGCUCAUUCUCCAGCACCAGAAUCCUCAGCAACUCUCUUCCAAUCUUUGGGCAGCAGUCAGGGCUAGGGGCUGCCAGUUCCUUGGACCAGCAAUGCAGGAGGAAGCUCUAAAGCUGGUUCUCCUGGCCUUGGAAGAUGGUUCUGCUUUGUCAAGAAAAGUAUUGGUUCUCUUUGUGGUACAAAGGUUGGAGCCACGGUUUCCUCAAGCCUCUAAAACUAGCAUUGGGCAUGUUGUCCAGCUCCUUUAUAGAGCCUCUUGCUUCAAGGUCACCAAACGUGAUGAAGACUCUUCUUUGAUGCAGUUGAAAGAAGAAUUUAGAACCUACGAAGCUCUGCGGCGAGAACAUGACUCCCAAAUAGUGCAGAUUGCGAUGGAAGCAGGCUUACGGAUUGCACCGGACCAAUGGUCCUCUUUGCUUUAUGGAGACCAGUCUCACAAAUCCCAUAUGCAGUCCAUUAUUGACAAGUUGCAGACCCCAGCCUCUUUUGCACAAAGUGUUCAGGAACUAACAAUUGCUCUCCAGCGGACUGGAGAUCCAGCAAACUUGAACCGACUAAGACCCCAUUUGGAGCUAUUAGCAAACAUUGACCCUAGCCCAGAUGCUCCUCCUCCUACUUGGGAACAGCUAGAAAAUGGGCUGGUUGCUGUGCGUACAGUGGUGCAUGGGCUGGUUGAUUAUAUCCAGAAUCACAGCAAAAAAGGAGCAGAUCAACAGCAGCCUCCACAGCAUAGCAAAUAUAAAACAUACAUGUGUCGAGACAUGAAGCAGAGAGGAGGAUGCCCUCGAGGGGCCAGCUGUACAUUUGCACACUCACAGGAGGAACUGGAAAAAUUUCGUAAAAUGAACAAACGCUUGGUUCCCAGAAGACCCCUGAGUGCCUCUUUGGGUCAACUUAAUGAGGUGGGCCUGCCUUCAGCAGCUAUCCUUCCGGAUGAAGGUGCAGUGGAUCUGCCCAGCAGAAAGCCCCCUGCUCUGCCAAACGGAAUUGUAUCAGCAGGGAAUCCAGUAACACAGCUGAUCCCACGAGGGACAGACCCCAGCUACGAUUCUAGUCUGAAACCAGGAAAAAUAGAUCACCUGAGCAGUAGUGCCCCUGGAUCACCUCCUGACCUGCUAGAAUCUGUCCCUAAGAGUAUUUCUGCCUUGCCUGUGAAUCCACAUCCUGUACCUCCACGAGGGCCGUCAGACCUGCCCCCUAUGCCUGUCACCAAACCACUUCAGAUGGUUCCACGAGGUUCUCAGUUAUAUCCAGCACAACAGGCAGAUGUUUACUACCAGGAUCCUCGAGGAGCGGCCCCACCAUUUGAACCAGCACCUUAUCAGCAGGGUAUGUAUUAUCCUCCACCACCACAGUGUGUGUCUCGCUUUGUCCGACCUCCACCAUCUGCUCCUGAACCUGGUCCUCCCUACUUGGAUCAUUAUCCACCCUACCUGCAAGAUCGUGUAGUAAACUCUCAAUAUGGCACACAGCCACAACAGUACACAGCUGUGUACCCACCACACUAUGAUGGCCGUCGAGUAUACCCUGCUCAGUCUUACACAAGAGAGGAGAUUUUCCGAGAGAGUCCUAUACCCAUUGAGAUUCCACCUGCAGCAGUACCAUCCUAUGUACCAGAAUCCAGAGAAAGAUACCAACAGAUGGAGGGGUACUAUCCGGUGGCUCCUCAUCCAACUCAAAUCAGACCUGCGUACAACAGAGAGCCUCCUUAUAGCCGGCUUCCUCCUCCUCCCCAGCCCCAUCCUAGUCUAGAUGAGCUACAUCGAAGACGAAAGGAAAUAAUGGCCCAACUAGAGGAAAGGAAGGUUAUCUCUCCACCUCCUUUUGCACCUUCACCAACGUUGCCUCCUACCUUCCAUCAAGAGGAAUUUUUGGAUGAAGACUUCAAGGUAUCUGGGAAAUACAAAGGAAAUGAUUAUAGCCAGUACUCACCCUGGUCAUGUGACACCAUCGGCUCCUACAUUGGAACCAAAGAUGCAAAACCCAAAGAUGUUGCGGCAGCAGGGAGUGUGGAAAUGAUGAAUGUGGAGAGUAAAGGAAUGAGAGACCAGCGAUUGGACCUUCAGAGAAGAGCAGCAGAAACCAGUGAUGAUGAUCUCAUCCCGUUUGGAGACCGACCAACAGUAUCUCGGUUUGGUGCCAUCUCUCGAACUUCCAAAACAAUAUAUCAGGGUGCAGGCCCAAUGCAGGCUAUGGCACCUCAGGGAGCUCCCACAAAAUCUAUUAACAUUUCAGAUUAUAGUCCAUAUGGAACCCACGGUGGCUGGGGAAGUUCUCCAUAUUCACCUCAUCAAAACAUACCUUCUCAGGGACACUUCAGUGAGAGGGAGAGAUUAUCUAUGUCAGAAGUGGCCAGUCAUGGAAAACCCCUUCCAUCUGCUGAGAGGGAACAGCUACGACUAGAAUUGCAGCAACUAAACCAUCAAAUCAGCCAGCAGACCCAGCUACGUGGACUAGAGGCUGUUAGUAACAGGCUGCUGUUGCAGAGGGAGGCGAACACCCUGGCAGGCCAGUCACAGCCCCCACCCCCACCUCCAAAAUGGCCUGGAAUGAUCUCAAGUGAGCAGCUGAGCUUGGAACUGCACCAGGUGGAAAGGGAAAUUGGGAAGAGAACCCGGGAGCUGAGUAUGGAGAACCAGUGUUCUCUGGACAUGAAAAGCAAAUUGAAUACAAGUAAGCAAGCAGAAAAUGGACAACCAGAACCACAAAAUAAGGUUCCAGCUGAGGACCUUACAUUGACAUUCAGUGAUGUGCCGAAUGGAUCAGCCUUGACACAAGAGAAUAUCAGCCUCCUAUCAAACAAGACCAGCUCUCUGAACCUAUCAGAGGACCCUGAGGGAGGAGGGGACAAUAAUGACUCCCAGAGAUCAGGAGUUACACCCAGUUCUGCUCCCUAAAAUGAGGAGUCCUACUUUUAUCUUCUGCUCCUAACCAAUCUGUGGGGCAUAGGAGUAGGAGAAUGGAUAACUUCUAAACUUUUUCUCUGAGAAUGGUCAGAGAAAUCCAGAAGUACCGGAGGCAAUGUGCACAAACACCACUACUAAAAACAAACCCUGCACAUAGUUCACAUUAAUGCAUUUUUUAAUUUAAAAAAAAGAAAAAGAAAAAGAAAAUUAGCAGUAUCUGCAAGCAAUUCAGAUUAAAUUUGUUUUUGUUCUGUGAAUGAACUUUAUUUUAAUAACUUUGGACGCCUUGGAUCCAGGGCUUUAAAAAAAAAAGAAGAUAUUAUAUAUACACUCUGUUUGAUUAAUUGUAUGAUCUUAAUGAAGUAGGUUUUUCUCGUAUUUUGGUAUUAUUACAUACCCAGUGUAUAAUUCCUUACACUCAGUCUUUUCCAGCUCUCAUAACCCCAUAAAUCUACAUACACAAAAAGCACCGGCCUUUCUAAGAAUUCUGUGGUGCUUGAGAAACAGACAGUUAUAGACUAGUUAUUAGAAAAUGUGCAGCAAACCAUGCUGUUAUUCGGAAACCAUAAUUUGCUUUCUCUUUCUGGGUCACACUAGCUUCAUGUGUAGGUAGGUUUUCCAUGUGGCAUUAAAACUUUUUGUUGUUCAGGAGGGCUUUAUUCCUUGGUUUUGUUUUUAUUUCAGCUUUUCAGAGAGGUAAUUGCCAAUUAAUUUUUGAAGUCCUCCUUUCCAUAUUAUGGACUCUUUUCAUUCUCUUAAUGUAAUCAGAAAGAUGAGUCAAUUUUUAGGUUGCUUGAUUAGAUUUAAAUGGAGACUGUUUUAAGGAUGAACUGUGAUGUAUUAACACUGAAAAUACAUGCUUGGUUUAUUACCUAUGUUGAGCUGAUGGUUGGAAAUCUAGAGCUGUGCUUCUCCAAGCUGAACUUUUGCUGAAAUCGUAGACUGUUAUAAAAACCAGGACAAUCAACCAUGUUUUAAAACUGCAACACUUGAUUUGAACUUAAGAUGAGCAGAGCCAGAUUUUUUCAAUGAAUGUUUUUGUUUUACUCUCAGAAACCAAAAGUAUAAAAUCCCUAUAUACUGGAGCCCUUGGCUUUCAAAGAGAUUUGGCAAAUAAGAACUGCUUGGAUCUUGUGGGUAGUUUAUGAAUUGAUGACUUGUUGCUGUUCAGAAUCAUUAGCACAAGUAGGUAGUAAGUACCUAGAAGUCCCUUUCUGUAGACUUGGCUUUACAGUAUUGAAAAGGUUCUUCAUGAAGAUGUUGAAAAGAGUAAGGAGGGAUUUUUAUUAUUUAGUUCUGCUGCACAUAUUCUGAUGCCACAUGUCUAUACUGAACUAAGACCCUAUAAAACAUGUUUAAUGGGGAUUCUUUGAUACAGUCACCUCCCUAUCCCUGUUUGCCUGAUUUUUAAAAAAAUUUCACUUUCUGGAUUAUACUACUAAAACAGAAAGCACUGGUUAUGUAAUAAGUUACUGCAUUGCUUUGGUUGGGUAAAAGCAAGAGUUUGUAUUUUUCUUGUUUCUUGUUUUCUUAACCCUUGACUCCUGCUGAGGUCAUAACAACCUCAGUCUAAGCUCUGUAUCCAUCAUACUGUUAAAUGAAACAAAUGGGGGUGGGUGGGGGGAGGGUAACAUAGUCCUGCCGUUGCCUACCAGUAGGAGAGUCCAAACAGAACACUCUUUUGAGUAGCAAUUAUUUAAUUUGCCCAGUCAAGGCACCGUGUUUAUAUACUAUUUCACAUUGAAUUUGAUUAUGCCCUACAGACCUGGCUGGUCAAGGAUUUGAUAUACACAUAUUGGCUUGGGAUUCGAGCUUUCUUUUUUAUUUAAAUAAAAAUUUAUAUAUAUUAUAUAUAUACAUAUAUACAUAGCUAUAUCUGUAUAUAUAUUGGGUAUGUUUUAUGGAUUUUUUCGCAUGAGCGCAGCUGUUGCGAUAAAAUGACUGAUUGGGAGGUAGAAGCACUGAAUGAAGAUGAGGCAUUUUGUCAGUUAUAUCCAUAUUUUCUUUUUUGUUUUUUUUAAAUACAUUUUUUUGCCUUUUUUUUUUUUUUUUUUUUUUUGCUUUAAAACCCUCUUACAUUUACUCUUUAAAUGCUUCUUGGAUUUUUUGGGAGAAGGAGAGAAAUUUAACGUCUGGCAGAGUCCCAAGAUUUUUCAUUUCUCUCUGUAACUAUAAAAGGCAAUAAUACUCUUGGCCUCUAAUCUUCUGUAGGCAGAUUUGGGCAAAUUAUUUCUCCUUUGGACAUGUUAGCUAAUUCUUAAAUUUUAGAAGCAGUUGGUUCAAUUUGGAACUCAAAAUGAUUCUGUUAUUGAAAAGGAAUUUAUGGGUAUUGAUUUUGUUGAAGCUUGGAAUAAAAGUAAAAUUCCAUUUGGGGUAUCUGUUGAAACCCCUAAUAACUCAACUUCUGUAAUUCUUAUUUAUUUCCUUCAGAUACACUGAUUCUUGCUUUCACCGUUUUGAUUUUGUAAGCUAGGCAGGAACAGGGAUUAACUUACAUAGUGUUACUGUUCUGAAUACAACCAGAGAAGCCACUGUUUUGAACUGAUUUAAAAUAGUCCCUGUCAUGUUAGGUAUUUUCAUAGAGUGGGGAUGGUGGGGGUGGGAUCUCUUAAAUUGUAGCCUUAAUUCUAGCUGUACCUCUCUAAGUAGGGCCCCACACUCUGGAGGAAAUCUGGUUGGGUUGAAAGGCAGAAGAAAGGUAUAUUCUCCCAUUGUGCCUUUAACUUAACCUAUUUUAAAUUGGUUUCCCCGACUUACCUCAUGAAAAUUCUUACAACUUCCUAGUACUCACAAGCAGUUUUAGGAAUUCAGUAAAACCUCCAAAUUUGGCAGGUUUUUUCUUUGUUUUCUUCCUUUUCUGUGUGAUAUACCUUGUGAUAUCAUAAGCUUGUAAGUGUAAAUGGCCUGUUUGGGCAAAACUGCUUCACUCCUUAACUGCUUUUUUGUGAAAAAUCUGUGAAAGACAUUGAUUUUUCUGGCUUUUAAAAUUUUUCCUUUAGAGACAGUCAAAAGAUGAAAUCAGUCAGAUAGGAAAUAGUUUUUAUGUUUUGUUUGUUUUUUUUUUUUUUUACUUAUUCAAAUAUUAAUUUCUCCUGAAGAUGACUGCUUUUCACUGAAUUCAAAAGCAAGACUCAGCAUCUCCGAUGAACAUGAACAGUUCUGAGAGGGUUUAAGGUAGGAGAAAUAAGAGUUGUGUUCACUCUUGUUUGAGUAGCAAAACCAGAAUUUUAUUGCACCUAGGAAUUUUAAGGAAUUUUAAAGUACUUUUGACUUUUUCUUUCCUCAUCGUUCUCUGGAAAAGUGUAGAACUGAGAAUAAAAUAUCUAGAUUCAGUUUUCUGACUUAAA